UAUGACGCUGGAGAGCUCUCUCUACGAACGCAGGCUCCAGCUCAGAAAAGACCCGACGGCAAACGUUUUAUUUGUUUUCAUUUUUUUAUUUAUUCAUUUUCACCCCCCGUCGCUGUUACACGUUUAAACAAAGGUGUGACUCGGCGACAUUUAAACACCUUCAGCGGUAUUCAUGUGCGUAGAGACAGAGAGAGCGAUAGAGAGAUAGAGAUAGACAGAGAGAGACGAGAAGCCGAGUCGUUCGGGCGAAUGGAACUUAUUGUUGUGCGUUUGUUUUUUUCGCUUUUUUUGACUAUGUUAUCCCUGAAUGGGUUCGGGUCCAGUGCGUCUCUGCUCGUCGCCGAACCUUGAAUCGUGGGAUUUAUACACAAAGCUAUAAGGAGAAACAGCGAACAGGAAGGAAUCUGCUAAAGCCAGCGAGCUUUUUCCCUUUCAGAGCCGGGGAUUUAAAUAGUCAGUUGUUGGUGGAGCCCCGGGGUGACGAGAGCGAAGGAAAACCAAACAUUUUACUUUUGGAGGAUUGCAUAAUGACCAAGGAAAGACCUAAGAGGAAUAUCAUCCAGAAGAAAUACGAUGACAGUGAUGGGAUCCCGUGGUCGGAAGAACGGGUGAUGCGAAAGGUGCUUUACCUCUCCCUGAAGGAAUUUAGAACCGCACAGAAACGGCAGUUGGAUAGUGAUGGAACCACAACCCCGAAUGGUUCUCUUGCCAAUGGGCAGCUGAAUGGCUCGGUGUUGAAGGGCUGCCACAAAGAAGAUGGGUCCUUGCGCUCUCAGGGCCUCCAUGGGAGCAACAAAUAUGGCGAGGACAUUCCAGCGAAAAAGAGGCCUCGACUCCAGGCUCAGCGGAAGUUUGCCCAGUCGCAGCCCAACUCGCCCAGCACUACACCGGUCAAAGUGGCCGACGCAGGCGGCAUGAACGGUAGCCUGUCCACCGCUCCAUCAACGUCCCUCUCGUCACUCUCCUCCUCUUCCCUGUCCUCCUCCAUCCAGGACCUGUCCCGGCGCAAGCCCAAGACGGAGGACUUCCUCACCUUCCUCUGCCUCCGAGGUUCCACUGCCUUGCCUAGUAACAUGGCCUACUUUGGAAGCUCCCAGGAGGAGGAGGACCUGGAGGAGGAGCAAGAAGAGCAGGAGGAGGAGGUGCGGAACAACGCUGGAGUUCACACACAUGGUGCAGGAGGGAGCAGCCUAGCUUCUGCCUCCUCCUCUUGCAACUCUACACCUCGCAAGGGCAAACUCCCCGCCAGGCAGCCGCUCAAUGGGCACGUUUUUAACAACCACGGCAAAGCAGGGACCAGGGAGAGUCCGAGACCGAAGGCAGGUACACACAGCAGGGACACACCCGCACCCCCACUGCCGCCUCCUCCACCACCUCCUCCACCUCUUCUGAGGGAGCGCAGUGAGCGGGCAGAGGCGCGGGGGCAUGCCAGGGAGCUGCAGGCCUUAGCCAGCAGUAGAGGCACCGUCAACGGGCUGGCUUCGAGGAGAGCAGCUGAGGAGCUACGGAAGCAGGUCUCGAAAGUGAAUGGGAUGACGCGGGCUGGCUCGGCACAAGCUGUCAGUGGUGCCAAAAAGAGCCACGACUUAAGACUGCCGUCCAAAACUGUGAAGAAGUACACAGCCACCGUGUCCAAGGGCCACGUCACCUACACCAAAGCCAAACAGAAAGAACUGGGCAAAAAAACCAAACUCAGCAGCAGUAACAAACACAACACCGCCGCCUCGGCAUCAUCGUCAGCGAACAAUCACAAUCAGCACAGCCAGCCAGCAGCCAGCAGUAGGCUGGCCAACUCAGGAAAAGCAGCGGCACCAGCCCACCACAGUAAUGCAAAAACCCGCAAACAGGUGCUACUAUCCAUCGGGCUGCACAAAGCGUUGGCCAAUGUCCGACCCAAUGGCAAGCUGAACGGGCGGUGGCACAAUGCCAUGGCCAAGGAGGAUGGGCAGAAACAGUGCAAGCAAGGCCACGGGGAGUGCCCAGGUCGAGAGGGACUGCGAAACUCCAAGCGCCGCCUCGAGGUGGUGCUUAGCUCUGUGAGUACGGAGGUUGUUGUGCAGAAAGCCAAAACAAGUGGCUCUGAGGCCAAGAAGGCUAAACUUCAACCCACACCAUUGGAGACACGCAGCAGCAGCAAGAAGAUGGCCAAUGAAGAGAAAGCUAGCAAGCAGAAUGGAACCCCUACCACUCCGGUUUCUAAUGGACAUGAUUCAGAGAAGCCAACCCCUCCUAAACAGACUCCACUUCCAGCUACUACUUCACCUCUUCAACAAACGCCACCUCCUUCUACACCAGCAGCCAAUGUAGAGCAAGUGAACCAGCGACCCAAACGGGCAUCAGCCGGCAAGCUGAUGUUGAUACGACAAGCACAGCAGCAGCAAAGCAGGUCGCAUGGUCGGAGCUCCUCCUCCCCUUCAGUAGGCCACCCUAACGCACCAAACCCCAGUCGAGCCAGCACUACCUCAGACCCUCAACAAACGUCUGUCUCGUCCCCCUCCUCCUGCACCAACUUAUCCACUCUUCCUUUCACCAACGCCCCCGGCCAGAUCAAACCAGCAGCGUUGCGGCUUGCAGACCGCGAUAAGGAGUGGGAACAUGAGAAAGACCUAACGCGGCAAAAGGAGCGUGAGCAGGAGAAGGAGCGGGAGCGCCAGCAGAGCAAGCCAGAGGGCUGGGCGGCGCUUGGGGAAGUGCCCAUCUUCCGGCCAGGUCCAAGGGAGUUCCAGGACCCUCUGGUAUACUUGGAUGCAGUGAGGGAACAGGCUGAAGUGGCUGGCAUGUGCCGCGUGGUGCCACCACAAGACUGGCGGCCGGAGUGCAAGCUGAAUGAGGAGAUGCGGUUCGUUACACAGGUGCAGAGGGUCCACAUGCUGGGCCGGCGCUGGGGCCCAAAUGUGCAGCGGCUUGCUUGCAUCCGCAAGCACCUUAAAUCUCAGGGCAUUACCAUGGAUGAGCCACCUGUCAUUGGCGGCUGUGAAGUGGACCUGUCACGUUUUUUCCAGCUUAUCAAUGACAUGGGCGGCAUGCAGCAGGUGAUGGACCUGAAGAAGUGGACCAAGCUCGCCGACCUCCUGCGCAUCCCCAAGUCGGCGCAGGACCGGCUGGCCAAGCUGCAGGAGGCUUACCUCCAGUACAUCCUCUCGUAUGACUCUCUCAGCGCCGAGGAGCGACUCCGACUUCUGGGCGAUGUGCUACAAGAGAAAAAGAACCUGGAGUCACGCCAGGGUCCCCUGGAGGGCCUCUCGGAUUCUGCUGCGCAUGCUUUGCCACGCUACGAGCCCAAAAAUGGACUAGUAGGUGGGAUAGUUGGAGGGACGACUGGGAACCACCGCACCAACGGAGUGUAUCACCGUCUGAAAUGUCUGAAGGAGCUGGAGGCUCAGGUCAAAGCGGGCCGGCGUCGGCUCUUCGCUCAGGAAAAACAAGGCAAAGAGGACAGGCAGAAUGGAGAACAGCAUGUGGAGGAGGAAAGAGGCGUUCUCAGUGACCAGUACAAAUGUAUUUACAAGGGGAAAUCAGUGUCCUUGACCAACUUCUUCAGGAUAGCCCGGAACACCAUGACCAUGUGCUUUAAUAAGGAACCUGGAGCUGCUGAGGUUGAGCAAGAAUACUGGAGGAUAGUGGAGCAGAGAGAUGCCCACGUGGCAGUCCACUGUGGAAAAGUGGACACCAGUACACAUGGCAGUGGCUUCCCCACAGGAAAAUCAGAGCCAUUUUCAAAACAUGGGUGGAACCUCACUGUCCUCCCAAAUAAUUCUGGAUCCAUACUGAGACAUCUGGGUGCUGUACCUGGGGUGACCAUUCCCUGGCUAAAUAUUGGCAUGGUCUUUUCUACCUCAUGCUGGUCUCGUGACCAAAAUCGCCUUCCAUAUAUUGAUUACUUACACACUGGUGCUGAUUGCAUUUGGUAUUCUGUCCCUGCUGAGGAGAAAGCUAAGCUGGACAAGGUGGUCCAUACACUGCUUCAAGCCAAUGGCACCCCAGGACUAGAAAUGCUGGAGAAGAACGUUAUGAUCUCUCCAGAGGUGCUGUGCCGUGAAGGCAUCAAGGUGUACCGUACGGUCCAGCGGAGUGGCCAGUUUGUGGUCUGUUUCCCUGGUGCCUUUGUCUCUAAAGUGUGCUGUGGCUACAGCGUGUCAGAGACGGUGCACUUUGCCACGCCACACUGGAUGAACCUGGGUUACCAGGCUGCGAAGGACCUGAAAUGUCGUUGUAUAGCCAAGCCCUUCUCCAUGGAGAAGCUACUGUAUCAGAUUGCCACCACUGAGUCCAAGAGGGACAACGGCCUUCUCCUCACCACCAUCUCCACCCUACUCAAAGACCUCAGGAACAUUGAGUUACACCAACGUCAGGAACUUUAUAAGGCAGGUUUGCUGUCCUCUGCCCGCUAUGGCACACACGACGGCAACCUCGGGCCUGCUGAUGGGCGCAAGAAGCCCCGGGGGAAAUGGCUGGCACUGGAGUCAUUAGAGAGACGCUGCCAAAUCUGUCAACACCUCUGCUACCUGUCCAUGGUGGUUCAGGAGACAGACAACGUGGUUUUCUGUCUAGAGUGUGCACUACGCUAUGUGGAGAAGCACAAGUCCUGCAGGGGCCUUAAGAUGAUGUAUCGAUAUGAUGAGGAGCAAAUCAACAGUUUGGUGAACCAAGUGUGGGGGCGGGCCAUGGUGAAGAAUGGAGGAGUUGGUAUUGGAGGAGGAGGGGCUGUCAUCGUUGGAGGAGGAGGGGACUCUUGCCACACUUUAAGCCCUGCAAAAGCAUCACCAGCCAAGCGGGGGCCUCGAAAGCGCGCCACUGUUGAGGUGUCCCUGGCCCGCCUGUCCUCCAUCCACAUGCCGAAGGCCGCGGCCGUGUCCUGAAACCGGCGGGGUCUUCUCCCACCUUCCACUUCUGUUUUGUGUCCACUUUAAGCAGGAUCACUAUCAGUCCUCCCCUCAACUCUCACCUGAGCUCAGUCUCCAUUUCACUCACCUUUCCUUUAGCGACAGCUUGUUUCUGAAAACAGAAAAAUAAAAGCAAAGCAAGAUGUCUUUUUUGCACUAGUGUGAAAGAAGAAUUCGUUUUUAUCUUGAGUGAUAUUUUUUAUUAUAUUUAGUCUCCCUCGACCUGCUCUGAACAGUACAAGCAUUAACAUUCAGAGGAAGACUCGACAGGGCCCUAAUUUUUCCCCCUCCAUCCGUUUUGAAUCAGAAUGGGUUACAUUUGUUACCUUUUUCUUGCAUCACUCGCUCCUAAGACUGAACCCCCAUUCCUGUUAAAACUUGGGACGAAUAAAAUGGUUGCCCCCAUUUUUUGUUUCCUCCAGAUGACAUUAAGUAGUUACCCAAAGUUCCUCUCUAUCCUUGAUUUUAAGGAAGAUGAGACCUUUCAUUGAAUUUUAUGCGUUUGUGAUGCAUUUCCUGCAGAUUUUCUUUAGAGGUGAUGCAAGGUUUAAAAACUUGAAAGACGAUGUUGGUUGGCUACAUUUUAUGAGUUCUAUUUUGAAUCUUUAGCUUUGUUUCUGCUAGGUUUGGUUUUGUUUCUUCUUGUAUUUUUUAUUUUUGUUUGUCCCUUGGUGGACGUGAGCGAAGCAGAGCCUCACAUCCGAGUCGACACGGAGGGAUCUCUCGACAGAAAUCGGUGCCUGAUGCUUGGCGAGGAGAUCUGUUUUAUUGGUGCUGUUGGUUAUAAUUACUGUAUAACGACACAAAAAGAAAAAAAAAUGUCUGAGGGGUCGGUUGGUGCCUGCUCCACCCCCCACAGGUCAGAAAGGCUUUCAGGCUUUUCUGGUUCUAGAUGUGCAAUCGUGUUAACAUUCCAUUCUUCGAGUCCUCUUGUUUCAUCUGUACCAGUAAACAUUAAUUAUAUUAUUUUAUGGGUUUUCUUUCCCAUUUGUUGAGCUGAUGUGUUAUCUCAAGUAGAGCCACUAGUUAAUGAGUGUAAAAUGUGAAAUAUUUUUUUCUUUCUCUGCUUUUUUUUGCCUUUUUGUCCCCUUUUUUUCCAGAUAUAUAAUGAGUAAUUUUUAGAGAGGAAAAAGUCCAACACAACAAACAAACAUCAACUUUUUUGUACAUAUAUCCUGUAAAUUUCUUUAAAUACUUGAGCCUUUUUCUGGGGUUAAGUAAGAAAGAAAAGGAAGGAAAAGAAUGCAGAAGAGAGUUUUCCAGAGAGGAGAGUGCUUGAUGAAGAAAAAGCCUUACAAUUCCCUUUCUUCAUCAGUGUGAGUUUGAUGCUUACAGGGUUUUGCUCUGGUAAAUGUGUAUAAAAAAUUUAAGUGCUGCUUAUAUCACUAAGAAAGAAGAUAUCGAGUAGCCGACGAUUGCCCCCUUCCCCCCCCCCCCCCCCCCCCCCCCCCCCCCACACCCUGCUUCCCCUUCUUCUCCAACCUAGUUUUGUUUUAGCUUUACUUUUUUAAAGAAAAGGGAAAAAUGGAUAUGUUGACAAAAAAAAUGGGUUUUUACAUUUUCAUUACUGAAAAUUCAACAAAAAUGUAGUAGCUACUCAUGUUGCACUGAGCUUGCCAGUGGUGACUGUCAAGGAAAAAUCCUAUAAUCCAGUUUGUCGGUAUUUGUCCCUCGCAGAAGACUGAACUGUUUUAGGACUAUUUAAAGAAAUACCAAGGUGUUUUCAGCUUCAAAAAAGUGGUUGUCAAGUUUUUAUGGCCUUACAAAAUAUUUUAUUCUUACGGGAUUUUUUUGUUUGUUUCUGUUUUUGUUUUAUUGCUUAGUUCUUGUUUGUUUUUUCUUCCAUUUUCUACAGGAUAAACUACUUGCUCACAACGGGAUCUCUGGUGACUUAAUUUAUUAAAGCCGCUCGUCGGCCUUUCCUCUCAUUGGGAAAGCGUUUCAUGUUGGUUAUAUUUACAGUUUUUUACUUUUGAAGUUUGUACUUAAGGUUUAAUAAAAACUUACAGACAAUUCACUGUCAGUCCUUUCCAACCUA